AUAUCUACUAGGCGAAUACAUGCCUAAAUAAACUUUUGUACGGUACUGAAUUGUUAGGUUCAACAAAUACGAUCACCUGCCCUAAUUCCGGCGCAUAAACCCUAACCCCAUCCGCCCGCCGGCCGCCGUCGCCUCUGGCCACUGUUCAGUCGUUCAAGGUCCGAUUAUGCGAAGUUUGAAUCAAUAAACGGGCUUUAUAUGAAGAAAUUGGCUUUUCGAUCCUUUGGAUGAUUCCGCAUGAGGUUGAAUAGUUGCUUCUGAAGAAAUUGGUAUUCGUUUAAUUGAGGAACGGAAUGGCCUUUAAGUGUAUACCACUGAAAUCAACAGCCGAGGUUCAUAAUAUCCAUGACGUGAACUGUAUCGCCUACCAAGUCAAUCCGAAUCACGAUUUCUUCCAUUAUCAGCAUAAAAGAGCUCUCGUACCAUUCCGAGCGGGUAGCUGCAAGAUUCAAUCAGGUCUACCCUUGAGCAAAAUCAAUGGCAGAGGAACGAUUCCUUCAUUGAGGUGUGCAUCGCAGCAAGCAGGUGUUUAUCUCGAUAGGAUUUCCGAGGGCAGUAAAAAAGAGUCGAAAUCAGAAGGAUACAAGAAGUCCUACUCUCGUCGCCAACAGUCCUCUUUGGGUCGGCCGUUCGUCGAAAACGGUGAGAAGGCUAACAAUGAGAUUCUCCAAGGUUUAUGUCACCGAGGGAAGCUGUUCGAUGCCGUGAAGGUAGUAAAUUCCAUGACUCGUAUAAGCCAAAUCCCGGAUUCUGAAUGCUGCAUAAAGCUGAUCCGAGGGCUCGUCAAUCUCGACCGGACAGACAAAGCCGCUAAGGUUCUCGAUCUAAUGGUCCUAACCGGUGAGGUUCCCGACAUUAUUACCUACAACAUGUUGAUCGGUGGUUUGUGUCGGAACGAGAAUCUCGGUGCUGCCGUCGAUGUCUUGGAAAGCAUGAGCUCGAGCGGUUGCCCUCCGGAUAUAAUCACUUACAACACGAUAAUCCGUGCGAUGUUCGAUCACGGUAGAUACGACGAGGCGAUCGAAUUUUGGAAACAUCAGCUGCAGGGAGGAUGCCCGCCGUACGUCGUCACGUACACGAUCCUCGUCGAGUUAGUUUGUAAACAUAUCGGAGUGAGUCGCGCCCUGGAAAUGAUGAAGGAUUUGACGGCCGAGGGAUGUUACCCGGAUCUCAUAACGUACAAUUCGAUGAUCAAUCUGUCGGGGAAACAGGGGAACUACGAAGACGUGAUGAUGAUCAUCGAGAAUCUGUUCUCCCGCGGGAUGACGCCGAACAUCGUGACGUACAACACUCUGAUCCACUCGUUUUGCUUGUUCGGGUACUGGGACGACGUCGACGAGGCCCUUUUACUCAUGAACGAAACGUCGAACCCACCGACGGUGAUCACUUACAACAUAUUGAUCAACGGCCUGUGCAAGCACGGCCGUCUCGAUCGCGCCGUCGAUUUCCUCGCCCAGAUGGUCGAUCGAGGCCUGUCUCCGGAUAUAAUCACGUACAACACGCUCCUACGGGCGAUUUCGAAGGAGACGAUGAUCGAUCACGUCGUUCAAAUCCUUCGCGGGAUCGGCGAAACGAGGUGCUCCCCGACGGUAAUCACUUACAACAUUGUGAUUGACGGGUUCGCCAAGCAGGGUUUCAUGGAUCGAGCAAUGGACGUUUUUGAGCACAUGGUGGAAUUCGGGCCGGCACCCGAUAAUAUAACGUACCGUUGCCUUCUGUGGGGGUUCUGCCGAGUCGAUCUCGUCGAACCCGCCGUCGAGCUCCUGAGAAAGAUCGGGAAAGCCACCCGGCGCAGGAUUAGGGAAAACUGCUACAGAUUUAUAAUCCACAGGCUGUGCCAGAAGAAGGAGGUCGACACCGCCGCUCAAGUCGUCGAAAUGCUGGCGUCGAGUCGAAGCAGGUACGAUCCUUCUCUGUGUUCGAAUAUCGUUCAUGGAAUACACGCUGCAGGUAUGAUCGUUGAAGCUGUGGACCUUCGGAAGAAACUGGUGAGCAAACAUCUUUUGAAGGAAUAGCUUUUUGCGGCGAAUCAUUCAACGGCUCUCCCGUUCGAUUUGUUCUGCCGAGCGGUUCGAGAGCUCGGCGGCUGGAUAUGAAGAGUAUUUUGCAGGUACGUAGUUCUACAUAUGAGGUAAAAAUUGUUCAAUUGAAUUAUGUGGGUCUCUCUAUGGAUUUAAUUUGAGUGCUUCUUUUGCAUGUAGUAAUUUCUGAGGCUUUAUGUGUGCAUUAUAUAGGAUGUUUUUUUGUUAAAUUUAUUUUGGUGAAGUUUAUUGGGUGUGUUUGGUUG